AUGUUGAAACAUCCAUUGAUAUUACUGUUUUGCGAAUUAAUCAAUGCAUAUUUCACAAAUGAUUUCAAUACCUGGCUUAUAGAAUAUUAUGGAUCUAAUAUACAAGCAACACUGAAUAGGGCGGAAUUAGGUCGAUCGGGUUCCUUUGGUGGUAAACAGUAUCGAAAUCAACGUUUAACAAAGGAUCCGAUCAUUUUUGUUCACGGUGUUUCGAAUACUGCUGGAGAGCAACCGUUUAUUGGUGCACAAUAUUUCAUAGCUUCUGGUUACAACUGGUCAGAACUGUAUGCGACAACAUAUGCUAACGGAGCACAAGGUAAUCCAACACAAUGGACGAGUUAUACAAUGGAUUGCAGAUAUGUCAAACAGGUACGUGGAUUAAUUGUAUCCGUACGUCUGUACACCGGUCGCGCAGUCGAUGUCAUUGCGUAUUCAUUAGGUGUACCCGUGGCUCGAAAAGCCAUUUUAGGAGGCUUAUGCGUGGACACUAGAGAGAAUUUAGGUGGUCCAUUAACAAAUGCCAUCGAUACAUUUGUUGGUAUUGCUGGACCAAAUCAUGGCGUUAUGUUAAAGGUUUUUAAAUCAAUUUUUUGA